ACAACCACACUAGGGGAACACACAUACAAAGAGCAUGAGACAGUGAAAUCUCCCACAACCUUUGAUGAAGCACCUGACACUGAGAGGUGCAGCUAUUGACCUGUGCACUACUUCGUUGGGUUUUCUAUACAAACUCAAAUGAAUUGUGCUCGUCUACCUGGAUACAGGAUACUUCGAGCAGACUGUGAUCUCACCAGGAACCUUCUCAACAUUCCCAAUCGACUUUCGAUUGUGUGCUCAUUCGGAUCUGAUUUGGUCAAAGGGGCGGUUUUUCUUUUUAACGUUUAGCUUCUCUUGGAAGUAUUGACUUCUCUAAAUCCAUUCAUACAGUUAGAGUUGGGGAAGAAAAGCAGAUUUUUUUUACAGAAGGGUGACUUUAAUCUGAGGAGUGUUUCCCAUCUACAAAGAAGAUUAUCUCCUUUUGUUGGGAUUAUUUGGGCAAAGAUACACACCUGCAGAGAUGGCCGAGUUCCCAUCCAAGGUGACCACAGAGACCAGUGCACCCCAGUCAGACGGCGGCCAACAGGGGGGAAACAGUCUUCGGGGGUUGGCUGCUGGCGUAACCAAUAGGAUGGACCAGUCCUUUAUCAGAAGCAUCCCUGCUAUUCUCAUGCUGGUGGAAAUAGUGUCAGGCCUGCUCCAGUGGACGCUGAUAGCCAGCGCCUACAUUUGGGCACUGCCAGUGUACGGCUGGGUAAUGUUCGUGGCCGUCACCCUCUGGCUAUUCACCAGCCUGCUCUUCUGCCUGAUCCUCUUUGAGUUCCAGAGUAAACUCGUCUCCGUGCCCUGGCCCCUGACGGUGAUGUUGUACCACACUGUAGCUGCUAUUCUGUGCCUGACGGCGUUCCUGGCCAAUGCAGCGUCGGUCUACCCAUAUCGAUACCACGUUUUCACUCAUGGACAUUUUGGAGCCGCUGCAUUCUUUGGGGCGGUGACGACCGUAGCCUAUGGCGCUAGCGCUUACUUCUCCUACCUGGACUGGAGGGGAGACAGAGGAAAUGGCGCAUCAGGCACUGGGCCCUCAUAGAACCCAAGACGCACCCUCUAUCUCCUAAAGGAAGAACGAUCUAAAGCCUGACUGGUUUCUGGGGGAACCUUAGCUGGAAGGGUGAAGGCCUAAGUCCUUUUACACACAUUUCCAUAACCAAUACAUACAGCUCUGAUCAUUGGUAUUGGAAAAAUAUAAAAAGUGCCUGGCAUGCAUUGAAAUGCAUCCUAUUUAAAAUAAAUCUAGCUAUACAUCCCAUUUAAAGUUUUAAACUACGCAACUGUUUACAAAUGGAAAGGCUCAAUGGAGUACAAAGCAUUCAUCGACAUAUAUGUAUAAUACACCUUGCUUAACCUCGCUUAUACUCAGACCAUCAAUCACAAAUGAAAAGGAAACUCUUAACAAUAAGUUUACAUUAACUACAAUACCAUUAAUUAAUAUUAGUUAAAGCAGUAAUGAGCAUUAAUAUAUAGCUUCAGCAUAGGGAUGUCGGUCAGGGUUAACCCUAGACAAAUUAAAUAUCCAUGAACACCUUUGUCAACAUGAACACCACAAGUAAACAUGACAUACAUUAAAUCUUAAUUAACUGGUAAUGCUUCUAACAGCAUUAAUUUAAGUUAAUGGUCAAUUAAUGUACCCUUAUUGUGUAGAGUUACCAAUUAAAAUAACAUAAUCUGUACAGCAGUUUACAUAAUGAAGAAUGAUUCUAGAUGUUUAUUCUGUGAUUCUGUACAUUAUCAAAGUACUGUAAGUAUUUCAAGGCAAAAAUAAAACCUUUUUUAUUGA